ACUACAUAAAUUUAUCUGAAUGAUGGGCGCACCUUGUUCUUCCUAGAUCGUGCUUCGUUAGGUGGCACUUCGUGGCCAUUGCUUCUGCUGAGAAGUGGUGAGCGUCGGGAACAAAACUAUUCUCCUCUCGGGGUGUUCGUGUGUGUUCGAUCAUCAUUGUUUGCCAGAAACAUUCUGUCAAAAUGACGUCCCGCCUUGAAAAAGAGCGUACCAAACAGAUCCAGGAUAAGUGUCAAAACCUGCUCUCGCAAAUGCUCCGGGAUGAAGACAAUAAGUACUGUGUGGACUGCGAUGCUAAAGGACCAAGAUGGGCCAGCUGGAACCUUGGAAUAUUUUUGUGUAUUCGCUGUGCUGGUAUACACAGAAAACUUGGGGUUCACAUAAGCAAAGUCAAAUCUGUCAAUUUAGACACAUGGACACCAGAACAAGUUGUGAGCCUGCAGCAAAUGGGUAACUCUCGAGCAAGGGCAGUUUAUGAAGCGAAUUUGCCAGACCGCUUUCGUAGACCCCAAACUGACUGUAGUCUUGAAAGUUUCAUCCGAAUGAAAUACGAGCACAAGAAGUACAUUGCACGAGAAUGGGUGCCACCACCUUUACCAAAAGUAAACUGGGAUAAGGAGUUAGAUGAGGAAGCAGAACGUCAACGUAGACGUAAGAAGGAAGGUUCAAAAUCAUCUAGCGGACAGAGCGUUCUUCCCCCUGUUAAAAAACCAGAAGUGGUACCACAGCUGCCGAAACCACGAAGUUCCAUCAGUCCCAAACCUUCAAGAGCGAAUAAUUCCGCCACUUUGGAUCUUCUUGGUCUCGAUGCUCCAGAAAGUCAAACAAGUGCAAACACUUCCGGUUCCAGUGACGAUAUCUUUUCCUCGUUUCUAUCUGCACCACCAGCUUCCGCUUCUCCAGCAGCAAAUGGCGCAGCGAACGGCAUAACAAAUACUACCAGCAUGGCAGGCAAAACAGAAGAGGAAAGUUUCUUUAAUCAGCCAGCGCCCACACCUCAGGAGAAGAGUAAGAUGACAAAAGAUAGUAUUCUAGCGCUGUACGGAACACCCAGUCAGCAGCAGCAAGUAUUCGGAGUUCCUGGUGGGAUGUAUACGCAACAAAGUACACCCCAACAGUUUACACAGCAAUUGCCAGGCAUGGCAGCUUUUGGUCAUCAAAACUGUUUCCCGAGCCAGUCAAAUUCCAUUAGCCAACUGAAUCACCCUCUCCAGACACAAAUGGGAAUGCCAGUUGCACCACAAAUGCCAGUAAAUCCUGGACAAAUCAGUGUAAAUCAUGUUCAGUUGGGCGCCAUGCCAGCUAAUCCGCUGGGAAACAAUAUAGGCAUGCCUCAAAUCAAUCAAAUAAAUGGACUGCCAAAUGUCAGUCUGGGAAUGCCAAGUCAAUUGCAGACUGUAACGAACGCUGGUCCACAAAUGAUUCAGCUGGGUCAGAGUAACGUAGGUAGUAACAAUGGAUGGAGCGGUAUGUUAACUGCUCAAAAUCUUCAACCAGCGCCGGGCAGCAAUCCUUUUUUCAACUUAGCAAUUCAACAGCAGCAGCAACAGCAAAAUACUGCUUUUGCAUCGCAGCUGCCGCAACAUAUGUCCCAAUUAUCACUGGGUGGAAUGGCCGGUUUUACGAGUGCACCAGGAAAGUCGGCUUCCACCGCACUACCUGGACAGACUCUCUCGACCAAUCUGUGGCAGUAACAAUUUCUUUGGACUUAGUUAUUUAAUCGACCGGUCCGUUCGAGGUUGCACACUAGUGUGGACAGUUGUAUCUCGACAUUGACUUAUAUUAUAAGGUUUCCUUGAGAGAGCACGAAGAGAGAAAUGGCACGUCGCGCAAGUCGGUAAAACCAGGAAUUGCAACUGCUACGAUAAUAUUCAUAAGAGAUGACACGCGCAUGCUCUUGCGCCGUCUUGAAACCCGAAGGGUUGUGCCGUCGUUAUGGCACGUUGUUUCCCACUUUAGAGGCUCUAUUUACGUUCUGAUAUUGUUGAAAGAAAAAAAGAAAUUAUACGUUUCGAUAUAAUAAAAUUACGAACUACCAAUUCGUACGAGUGAGAACUUCAGUUCAGUCUUACAAGCUUUCCCUGUACUUGGAGUUGUACAUGUAAAAUGGUACGUCAUCACUUAUUCAAAAUGGUUAAGUAAUAUAUCCUAAAUCGCGCAGUGUUGCCGAUUAUUCAUGCGAGGUCUAUGAUGUGCGUUUAAGAUGCACGCAAUAAUACUCGACGAUUGCAAUGUACAAAAAAAUGAAUUUUCAGUCGACGGAUAGAAUACAGGAAUUCAUAACAAGACAUUAAUUUAUAUAUUUGUUCUAAAAAUUAUGAAUAUAAGAACUAUGGUUAUUUCUAACUGCAAUUGAUAUCCUGUUGUUCAUUCAGUAUAUUACGUAUGUCAUACUGAUCACUGGCGAGUAAGAAAUGUAUUUAUCUCUCGACAAUUAACAUGUUUCCCUUAUAACCUGUUCACGAAAACAGAAGUCCUGGUGCCUGAAAAAGAAUAUUCCGGUUUAUUAUACGCCUCUGACACAAAUACUGCGUUACUGUAUACGCGCUGAUAUAAAUCCGUACAAUGCAAUUCAUCCUAUUUCACAUAUAUACAGUGUAUUAUGAAAAACAAAAGGGAAAUAAGAGAACGAAAAGAUUCAGUUACAAAAUGAUGAACUUGUAUUAAAAGUUUUUACUGAAUUGUCAUAAAUUCUUAGACUUCAUCGUCUCGUAUGAUCGUAUCCUCCACAGUCGAAAUACAGAGAGAUAAUUCUCUACUUUAUUACAUCACAGCAGCAGUAGAAAACCUGUACUUUUUAAAAUUUAUGUGGAAGAUGACGCAGGUUACAAUAAGAAUUCGGAAAUUUGUAUAAAUUCGCAUCCAUUGUGCAGUCUGUACGAGUAUUAGAGCAGAUUGCGUAUAAUUAGAAGAAAGUAAUAGUCAAACCAAAAGGAAGACUGAGAGGAAUUAAUAAAACGAUUAAAGUGAAUAAGUAUACCGUCCGUCGACUAAAAAAGGAAAAAACAAAAUGUAAAUCAUCGUGAAGAUCCGCCUUUAUCGAGGAGACACGCGAGGAUCGUCCACAUUAAGACUUGUAAACGGCUGCGCUUGAAAAGUAAAGGGCUAUUUUACAAUUUGACAAUAAUUUGUCCACAAUCGUCAGCUCCCAUUAUCGAAUUUUUCUACUGGAAUGACCUAUUAAUCCCAAUCUUUUUAAUAAAAAUUACAAUUACAGGAAAUAAGUGUCGGACGAUAGGCGGAUAAUCGAUAAUACGGUUGCGAUAUUCCGCAAUUUGACGUACCUGUAUCACCUGUCAGCAUCAUUAGUAUUGCUACAGGUCGUUCCAUAUGGAAUGUCAUAACACUUCUUAUCCUGGUCUCUCAUACCCACUUGUAUUACGUAUGAGAGAAAAAAAUUAUAUGUAUAGCGUGUCGGUUCGUCUUGUCCUCCAUCUUGUCACACAUUUGACAAGCAAAUUCUAGCAUAUGGCUCCUAUCCAAUAAUGAAAUCUUAAAAAGCGUGCAUUAUAAUGUAACGAUUUGAUAGGCCUGCGUUUACGUUAUUCUACGUCUGACCUUAACGCAUGCCACACGAUUAUAAAGAUACAGAUUGUUUUGUGCGAAACGUGAGCGAAUGUAAUAAAUGAUUGUGACAGUGAGAGAAUUGCCUGUGUUUCAUGUAAAAUUUGAGUUUCCAAAUAGGAACAACGUGCGUUGCGACACUGUUAAAUUUUCGAAUUUUCCUUCUUUCUCUCUUUCUGUUCUCUUUUUUCUUUUUUUCGCUCUCUAGUCGUAUAAAAUAACUAACACGCGAUACAAUCACGGCACGGAUCAUAGACUACGAGAAUAUAAUUUGAUUGUAAUAAUUAGUGAUCUUUGCACGUACACGAACCACCGAUACUUAAAAAACCGUCUUAAGAAACAGCGUGCGAUUACUGAUUCUGCGUACUUUACUUUUCUUCUUUUCUAUAUUUAUCAAAUUAAAAACCUACGGACAAGUCGCUCCUAGGAUACUGUCGCCAAGAGCAACCAAAAAAUUCUUAACAAUUUAUAUAAAUUACUGUAAAGGAUAAUUCGAGUUUACGUAAUGGUAUUAUUUUAGACGGUACUGCUUCUCGCCUUUUUUCGACUAUAUGAAGUCAAAGACUUAUAUUUCUCAGAGGCCUCGUCUUUCUUUUUACAUUGACACGUUAUCAGCAUCGUGCGUUCUCUAUGUACUAUAUUGUAACUCGACCGUAGUGCAUACUGGCUGAGCUAUUAUUAUACAAUUUAUUUUAUAAUGUGAAACAAUUGAUGACGGUGCUGUCAUUGCUGUCACUUCGGGACUGUCAUUGCGAUUGCUCAUCAUUAAAAAUACACCAUGUGUUAUUAUCUCUAUGACACGGUACAAGGGAUUUCGCAAUAUCAUUAUUGCAAUAAUCAUCCCGGUUUAUAGUGGUAAUAAACUUAUGCACCGUGAAAAAACGCCACAUGUGAUUAGUAUUAAAUUAGUGAUUUAUAUAAUUAUUAAUGCUAUUAUUAAUUAUUAUUGUAUCUUUUAUUGUUAGCAUCUCUAUUGGCAUUAUCAUCACGAUUUCUUUUGAAAUUUAACAUUCCUACGUUUGGGAAAAUUUACUGGUGUUGUUUGGUGAACACUUUUUUUGUACAAACAUCACAAUAACCUUUGCAUUUCGAGGCGAAGUAAAUCAAUUUCUUCAACAUUCUUCAAUAUAAUAUGACGUUUGGGUGUAAUAUUGAUUGUUUCAUACCCAUGAUCAUGACCAAUGUGCAAGCGUUAUUGGGUAAAGAAAACAGACAAUUAUAAUUGUUAUACAUAUAUUCUGGAGCGAUUCGAAUCGAGUCUGCAGCUGUCUUAUUAUAUAUACAUAUAAAGAGAGAGAGAGAGAUAUUCUUUUUCUAAGAAUGUGGAAUCUUGUCGGCUUCCCAUAUUUUCACACUCUUAAGGUGUACAUCUAAUGAUUGGUGUCGGUUCCAAAAUGUAUAAUGCCUAUCGCGCGAUAAAUAUUUGUACAACUGCGUUUGUAUAAGAGUGUGAGUGUGUAGAUCGAACAUGCGAGAAAAUUAUAAAAUAUAUAUUAAACUAAUCUGUACGAUAUCAGAGUAUUUAGAAUUGAAAUACACUGUCUACCUCUUAUUACGUAUCGAUGAACCAUUCUCGGUAAAUCAAAAACUAUAUAAUGUAUUUACGCCUUUUAAUGGGCGCAUUUUCAUAUCAUUAAUGUGGUAUACAGAUCAUUUUUAUUAUUAACGCUUUUCGACUUAGAGCAAUGUUAGCCAUAAAUAGAUUAACUGUUUGAAUGGAGUUACUGAAAAGUUUAUUUUGUUCACAGUAAUUAUAUUAAUGGUAUUAAAUAGAUAUACGGAUGAAUAAUUUAAAGUUUUGUUUUCAACGUAAUUGGUGGGAAACUAGUUGGUAAGAAUGUACAUAGUUAACUUAAUAUUUAAAUAAUGGAUACUCCAUUGACUGACUGUGCGUCGUUUCUUGGGACCAAUGGGAACUCAUACCGGAAACCGCCAUCUUUACCAUUUUAGACUGUGGCUGACUAGCACGCGUGGACAUUCUUUCGUUUCCUGAAAGCUUCCUUUUGCUGUUGGAUCGAAGCGUGUUUGAAGCCACGUGAAAAGUCAUGGACAAACCUGUCGUCCUAGCUCGUGUAAUCAAGGUUCUGGGCCGUACUGGGUCACAGGGACAAUGUACACAAGUCAAAGUCGAGUUCCUGGGUGAGCAAAAUCGACAAAUCAUCAGAAACGUCAAGGGUCCAGUCCGGGAAGGCGACCUCCUAACCCUCCUCGAGUCUGAGCGCGAAGCAAGAAGACUACGGUAGACCAGCAUUUACAUUUUCCACAAGACAACCAAAAUCGGUCACCAGCAGCGGGUAUCUAGAACUUCCUGGAAUAUGAAGACGACCUGAACCAUGAGUAAAGGACCACGAGGAUAAUGACUAGCUUCAACAUGAAUCUGUUCUGUACACAAGAUUCCUCACUACCGCAAUAAAUCCUUGCUGGUAACCACAAA